UAGUAACCUCUCCUGUACAGCUCAGCCAGUCAAUCUAUAAAAGGAGCUCCGGGUUAAAAAACCUUCCAGUUUUUUUUUUCUUUUCUUCUUCUCUGAGAGGCAGAGAGGGGGAGAUAGUGAGAAAACAUAUAGACUCCGCACACAAGAAAGCACCAGCAGCAGAUCCUCCUUGUCCUGACUGAAGAGCACACAGCCCGCAGGAGGAUACAUUCAUUGGCUCUAUAUGAAUCGCAUUUCUAACCGGGAGCACUUUGUAGCCAACGAUCUGGCCAACCUUAUCAGCGAUCUUUCCUACUGAGUCCGGGGGCAAAGUUAAUGAGCAACCUCAAGUCUCUGCUGCUUCCACAACUUCUGCUACAGCUGCAGAGGUGAAGCACUCAGAUUUCUCCAGGGCAAAGAUGACUUACUGCACCCAACUGGGGCUGCUGCUAUGGAAGAAUUUCACUUCCAGGAGGAGACAGACACUGCAACUAGUGGUUGAAGUGGCUUGGCCUCUCUUUAUUUUCUUUAUCCUGAUCUCUGUUCGGCUGUCUUACCCCCCAUAUGAGCAACAUGAAUGCCAUUUCCCAAAUAAGGCGAUGCCAUCGGCAGGAACCCUGCCGUGGGUUCAAGGAAUUAUUUGCAAUGCCAAUAAUCCAUGCUUUCGAUAUCCGACACCUGGAGAAUCACCAGGAGUUGUGGGAAAUUUCAAUAGAUCAAUUGUCUCCCGUCUGUUUUCCGAUGCAAGGAAAUUGCUGCUAUACAGUCGCAAGGACACCAGUGUGAAGGAUAUGCACAAAUUCCUAGGAAAUUUACAUAGCUACCGUGGUACAGGUUUAAAGCUUCGAGACUGCUUAAUGGAUAAUGAAAAAUUUACAGAUUUUCUCCUUAAAAAUAUGAGCAUGCCUGCAGUUGCAGUUGAAGAGAUCAUGAAUGCUCAUCUGAAACCAGAACAGGUUUUGGUGUCGGGCUUCCAAAUACAUCUGAAAGACCUGUGCAAUGGCACGCGGCUAGAAGAAUAUGUAACUUUUCACAAUGAAGUGGUUGCGAAUCUUAGCCAAAAGAUAAUCUGUGCUCUUCCAGAAGAGAAGCUUAACCUGCUGGAGCAGGAAUUCCGUUCCAAUAUUGACCUCCUAAAGCCCAUUACAAAGGAAUUCUCCUCCAAGUCUUUUCCAUUUUUGAAAGACAUCACAGAUAGCCUUUUGCACAGCCUGUCAGAUCUUGCCAAAGAGGUCAUGACCAUGAAGAGCUGGGCAGAAAUGAGACAAGAGGUGAUGUUCCUAACCAGUGGCAACGCCACAGCUUCACCAAGCACCCUAUACCAAGCAGUAUCACGUAUUGUGUGUGGCCACCCUGAAGGAGGAGGACUAAAGAUUAAGUCUCUCAACUGGUAUGAAGAUAAUAAUUACAAGGCACUAUUUGGUGGAGGAGAAGGCGAUAAUAGCACUGAUGAAGACUCACAAGCUGCGUAUGACAACUCUACAACUCCAUAUUGCAAUGACCUGAUGCAGAAUCUGGAAUCCAGCCCACUCUACAGAAUGAUUUGGAGAGCACUAAAGCCUUUGCUUGUUGGCAAAAUCCUUUAUACUCCCAGCACUCCAGCCACACAAAUGCUAAUGUCUGAGGUCAACAAAACGUUCCAAGAGCUAAGUGUUUUCCGGGAUAUUGGAGCAAUGUGGGAAGAGGUUCGGCCACAGAUCAAGUACUUCAUGGAAAGCAGCCAGGAGGUGGACCUUAUCAGGACUCUCUUGACCAACAAAGGAAGUAAAACAUUCUUAGACCAACAACUAAACUCAACUGGGUGGACAACCGAGAACAUAUCCAAGUUUCUGGCCAAAGAAACAGCAGAUGCAGAGGCUGAAAGUGGGCCAUCCUAUUCUUGGAGAGAAGCUUUGAAUGAGACUGACCGUGUUGUCCUGACUUUGUCACGCUUCAUGGAGUGUGUCAAUUUGGACAAGUUGGAACCUGUGGCUACUGAAGAGAAGCUCAUUGAUAAGUCAAUGGAACUUCUCAAUGAGAGGAAAUUCUGGGCUGGAAUUGUGUUUAUGGAUAUGCCCACAGAAGAAACAGAGCUCCCACACCAUGUCAAAUAUAAGAUCCGAAUGGAUAUAGAUAAUGUGGAGAGAACCAACAAGAAUAAGGAUGGAUACUGGGAUCCUGGUCCUCGUGCUGACCCAUUUGAAGACAUGCGGUACAUCUGGGGAGGAUUUUCUUACCUUCAAGAUGUUGUUGAACAGGCUAUAAUCAGGGUACAGACUGGGGUAGAGAAGAGGACUGGCAUCUAUGUUCAGCAGAUGCCCUACCCAUGCUAUGUUGAUGACAUAUUCUUAAGGGUUAUGAGCCGAUCACUGCCAUUAUUUAUGACCUUGGCAUGGAUAUAUUCUGUUGCUGUAAUCAUCAAAGGCAUUGUCUAUGAAAAAGAGGCCCGUCUGAAAGAGACCAUGAGGAUUAUGGGGUUGGACAAUGGCAUCCUGUGGCUGAGUUGGUUUAUCAGCAGUUUGAUCCCGCUUCUUAUGAGUGCAGCACUCUUGGUGUUGAUCCUAAAGACAGGAAACCUUCUGCCUUACAGUGAUCCCAGCGUAGUGUUUGUUUUCUUGUCUGUCUUUGCGGUGGUGACAAUUUCUCAGUGCUUCCUGAUCAGCACAAUAUUCUCCAGAGCCAAUUUGGCAGCAGCCUGUGGUGGAAUUAUAUAUUUCACACUAUACCUUCCCUAUGUGCUGUGUGUUGCUUGGCAAGACUAUGUUAGCUUCACACUAAAGAUUUUUGCUAGUUUUCUGUCUCCAGUUGCCUUUGGGUUUGGCUGUGAGGUCUUUGCACUUUUUGAAGAACAAGGUGUUGGUGUGCAAUGGGAUAACCUUUUAGAAAGUCCAUUAGAUGAAAAGGGAUACAACAUCACUACAUCAUGCUUCAUGAUGCUCUGUGACACUCUUUUGUAUGGAAUUAUGACCUGGUACAUUGAAGCGGUCUUUCCAGGUCAGUAUGGCAUUCCCAGGUCAUGGUAUUUUCCAUUCACAAAAUCCUACUGGUGUGGCGAGGAAUCCAAAGAAUACAAUCAACCACGGGCUGUUCACAAAGGAUCAUCUGAGGUCUGCAUGGAAGAAGAACCUAGUCACCUUCCACUUGGGGUUUCUAUUCAGAACCUAGUGAAGAUUUAUCGUAAUGGCAAAAAAGUGGCUGUAGAUGGACUCACACUGAAUUUCUAUGAAGGGCAAAUCACUUCCUUCCUGGGACACAAUGGUGCUGGAAAGACUACUACAAUGUCCAUAUUAACUGGCCUUUUCCCACCAACAACUGGUACAGCCUAUAUUAUGAGAAAGGAUAUCCGAACCGAGCUCAGCUCAAUCAGGAAGAACCUAGGUGUUUGCCCACAGCAUAACGUACUUUUUGAUAUGCUCACAGUCGAGGAGCACAUCUGGUUUUAUGCACGCCUGAAAGGGCAUUCAGAAGAGAAGGUGAAGGCAGAGAUGGAACAGAUGCUUAAUGAUGUGGGGCUCCCCCAUAAAAAGAAGUACAAAACAAGUCAGCUGUCAGGAGGCAUGCAGAGAAAACUUUCCGUGGCCCUGGCCUUUGUGGGUGGAUCACAGGUUGUCAUUCUGGAUGAGCCCACAGCUGGAGUUGAUCCAUAUUCUCGCCGGGGUAUCUGGGAGCUGCUUAUUAAAUACAGACAAGGAAGAACUAUUAUCCUAUCAACCCAUCAUAUGGAUGAAGCAGACAUCCUCGGAGACAGAAUUGCUAUUAUUUCCCAUGGAAAGCUGUGUUGUGUGGGAUCCUCGCUUUUCCUGAAAAAUCACCUGGGAACUGGAUACUACCUUACCUUGGUCAAGAGAGACACUGACUCUUCUCUGAGCUCCUGUAGGAACAGUAGCAGCACUAUGUCUUGUCCGAAAAAGGAAUGCAGCAAGCAAACCACUGCUUGCAAACAGCAGCCGAGUCCGAUGAUAGCAGCACCAUCAGCAUCUGGGACCACAGGAGCGGUGAUUACUAAACAUAGCAAACAUACGGCGGGGCAGAAGAAAGAAGCCAAAGAUAGGGAGGACAGUGUUUCUCAGAGCAGUUCAGAUGCUGGCUUGGGCAGUGACCAUGAAAGUGACACAAUGACAAUAGGUCUCACAGAUGUAUCGGCUAUUUCAAAUCUUAUCAAUAAGCAUGUACCCAAAGCAAGGUUUGUAGAGGACAUUGGACACGAGCUGACCUAUGUGUUGCCCUAUGAAGCAGCCAGAGAAGGAGCAAUUGUGGAACUCUUCCAUGAAAUAGAUGACCGUCUUUCUGACCUGGGCAUUUCCAGCUAUGGAAUUUCUGACACCACACUAGAAGAGAUUUUCCUUAAAGUGGCUGAAGAUACUGGAGUCGAUACAGAAACAGCAGAUGGAACACUGCCUGCUAGAAGAAAGAGAUAUGCAUUUGGUGACCGUCAAAGUUGCCUUAGACCUUUCACUGAAGAUGAUGCUUUUGACACCAAUGAUUCUGACAUGGAUCCAGAGUCACGGGAGACAGAUUAUUUGAGCGUAAUUGAUGGCAAAGGAUCCUACCAGGUAAAAAGCUGGAACCUAAUGAGGCAACAGUUCACGGCCUUGCUCUGGAAAAGAUUACUGUAUGCAAAGCGCAGCAGGAAAGGCUUUUUCGCACAGAUUGUCCUUCCAGCAGUGUUUGUCCUCAUCGCAUUGGUGUUCAGUCUUAUUGUUCCUCCUUUUGGCAAAUAUCCCAGCAUUGAAUUAGAGCCCUGGAUGUAUGAUGAACAAUAUACGUUUUUCAGCAAUGAUGCGCCGGAUGACCUAGGAACUCAAGCUCUCUUGAAAGCCCUGACUGAUAAACCAGGUUUUGGAACAGCUUGUAUGGAAGGAAACUCAAAUAUGAAAGUCUCAUGCUCGGAUGGAGAGGAAGAAUGGAGUACUCAGUUUGUAUCACAGUCAGUCAUAGAUCUGUUUCUGAAUGGCAACUGGACCAUGGAAAAUCCAUCUCCAUCCUGUGAGUGCAGCAGUGAUAAAAGCAAGAAGAUGCUUCCUGUUUGUCCACCAGGGGCAGGAGGUUUACCCCCAUUUCAGAGGAGACAAAACACUUCAGAUAUUUUGCAAGAUCUAACAGGACGGAAUAUAUCUGAUUAUCUUGUAAAAACGUACUCACAGAUCAUUGAAAAGAGCUUGAAAAACAAGAUCUGGGUUAAUGAAUUCAGGUAUGGAGGUUUCUCUCUAGGUGCAAGCAAUUCACCAGAAUUACCUCCUAAUGAAGACGUUGUGGCAUCCAUUAACCAUAUAAAGAAACAACUUGAGCUAGCUCAGAAUGGAGCAGCCAAUCGAUUUCUUGACAGUUUUGGAACUUUCAUGAAAGGACUGGACACAAAAGAUAAUGUUAAGGUGUGGUUCAAUAAUAAAGGAUGGCAUGCAGUCGGUUCAUUUCUUAAUGUAAUGAACAAUGCCAUAUUAAGAUCAAAACUGCGGGAGGGAGAGGAUCCAGCCUCAUAUGGCAUUACUGCGUUCAACCACCCUCUGAAUCUUACCAAGGAGCAGCUUUCUGAAGUUGCACUGAUGACCACAUCAGUUGAUGUCUUGGUUUCCAUCUGUGUGAUAUUUGCAAUGUCUUUCGUGCCAGCCAGCUUUGUGGUUUUCCUGAUCCAGGAGAGAGUCAGUAAGGCAAAGCACAUGCAGGUCAUCAGUGGAGUAAAACCAGUUAUCUAUUGGUUGGCCAACUUUGUCUGGGAUAUGUGUAACUACGUGGUGCCAGCUACCCUGGUCAUCAUAAUAUUCAUCUGUUUCCAGCAGGACUCUUAUGUCUCUUCCUCUAACUUACCUGUUUUGGCACUUCUUCUCCUUCUGUAUGGGUGGUCCAUAACCCCUCUCAUGUACCCAGCUUCCUUCAUUUUCAAGAUCCCCAGCACAGCCUAUGUAGUUCUGACCAGUGUCAAUCUUUUCAUUGGGAUCAAUGGCAGUGUGGCCACGUUUGUGCUGGAACUCUUUACCAACAAUAAACUGAACAACAUAAACGAGAUACUGAAGUCUGUGCUCCUGAUCUUUCCUCACUUCUGCCUGGGUAGAGGACUCAUUGAUAUGGUGAAAAAUCAGGCCAUGGCUGAUGCUCUUGAAAGAUUUGGAGAGAACCGCUUUGUCUCCCCUAUGUCUUGGGAUUUGGUUGGGAGGAACUUAUUUGCAAUGGCUGUGGAGGGUGUCGUGUUUUUUGCUAUCACCCUGUUGAUCCAGUAUCGGUUCUUCAUCAAACCAAGGCCAGUGAAUGCAAAGCUUCCUCCUGUGGUUGAUGAGGAUGAGGACGUGGCAAGGGAGCGUCAGAGGAUAAAUGAAGGUGGACGGAACGAUAUACUAGAACUCAAAGGACUUACUAAGAUCUAUAGAAUGAAGAGAAAGCCAGCUGUGGAUAGGCUUUGUGUUGGAAUCCCACCAGGAGAGUGCUUUGGGCUGCUAGGGGUGAAUGGUGCAGGAAAGACGACCACAUUUAAGAUGUUGACUGGAGAUACUGAUGUGACAGCUGGGGAAGCUUUCCUAAAAAACCAUAGCAUCCUGUCAAAUAUACACGAGGUUCACCAGAACAUGGGCUACUGCCCCCAGUUUGAUGCCAUUAAUGAGCUACUGACUGGAAGGGAGCAUCUGGAGCUUUAUGCCCUGUUACGCGGAGUCCCUGAGAAAGAGGUUUGCAAGGUUGCUGAAUGGGCCAUACAUAAAUUGGGCCUAGUCAAGUACUCAGAAAAACAUGCAGGCAACUACAGUGGUGGAAACAGACGCAAACUUUCUACAGCUAUUGCCUUGAUUGGAGGACCUCCAGUGGUAUUUUUGGAUGAGCCAACAACAGGCAUGGACCCGAAAGCUCGACGCUUCCUGUGGAACUGUGCCCUUAGUGUCAUUAAAGAAGGAAGAUCAGUGGUGCUAACUUCACACAGUAUGGAGGAGUGUGAAGCACUGUGCACAAGAAUGGCCAUAAUGGUUAACGGGAGAUUCAAGUGUCUUGGAAGUGUCCAGCAUCUGAAAAACAAGUUUGGAGAUGGGUAUACCAUUAUUGUCCGAAUAGCAGGCUCCAACCCUGACCUCAAGCCUGUUGAAGAGUUCUUUAGCCAUGCCUUCCCUGGGAGUGUACUGAAGGAAAAGCACCGGAGCAUGCUCCAGUACCAGCUCCGCUCCUCACAGUCUUCCUUGGCCAGGAUAUUCAGCAUCCUCUCCAAGAACAAAAAGAGACUUCACAUUGAAGAUUAUUCUGUCUCUCAGACGACUCUAGACCAAGUAUUUGUAAACUUUGCCAAGGACCAAAGUGAUGACGAUCAAAAGGACCUGUCAUUGCACAAAAACCAGACUGUUGUAGAUGUUGCCCUCCUAACAUCUUUCCUGCAAGAUGAGAAGAUGAAGGAAAGCUGCGUGUGAAAAGCCAAAAUAAGGGUAGCACAAAAGGAUUUGAGUUGAAAGACUACCUUGGCUGCGAAAGGGACGUUUAUGCCAGGAAGUCAAUUCUAGGACCUGCUCAAAAAGGCAUUGUAUAACGGACAACAGUGCUAUCACUAAAUGCAAUGCAAAUCAAUGCAAAGACAGCGAGAAUUCCAUUACAGAGGCCGUGCCUUUGUACUGCCUUUUACUGUACUCAAGUAGAAGACUUGAACGUAGAGGCCAACAGUAGGAUGUGAAACUAUACAGUUGUACCCAAUGACUCUUACCCCAAAAGUGGGUACAACAUAUGGUAGCACACAAUUUCAGCUUUGUAUUUUACUAUUUCUUUUACUUAAUUAAUCUGAACCACCCUACUGCUGAAUAUGAUUGACUAGAGACUAUUUAUUAUUCUCUCUAGACUAUGGGGUAUAAGGACAGAAUAUCCAAACUCAGUUUGCUCCAACAUUUAGGACUAGUGUUGCCAGUCUGUUGAUCUUCUCUGAGGUUGUUCAGAUUAAUUCAUUCAACUUAACAGUCUUGCCUUCUUCUGGCUGUCUCAGGUACACAAUCUGUAUGUGUACAGUGGUUCCAGGCCAAGUGAAAUGUGAUACGAAAAGCAUUAAAGAACUGUUGGUUGGUCUCCAAAACCACUCUCAUGCUUGUAGAUCAGUGUAGCUGUGAAAGUCAGAAGCUUCAAAACUGCACUGGCCACAUUGUAGAGUUCAUAUUUCAUACAACGACAGACAUUUGUUCUGGGUUUCUACUGUUUGAUGUCAAAGUCAUCUUUUCUAAAAUAGUUCUUUUUAGUAGCAUUGUUACAGUUGUCCUGUGGUCACAUGUGCAACAUUUUAUAUACCCAUUUUAGUAUUUGGGGGUUUUUUUGUGUGUGGUUUUCUUUUUUCCAAUAACCUAGCAUUUUUUUAUUUUCAUUUUCUUCAUUUCUGUUGGGUAAGUUUGCAGCAGAUCCUAUAAUUAUCCUGCUGGUGCUGGAAUCUGCCUGUGCUCUAGCUGGAAAGGGAUUCCUAGUUUAUUUAUACAAAUUCAAGCACUCCUAUCCAGGCCUCCAGUGACUCCAGUGUAGUGACAGGAUAAAGCACAUACAGUUAAGAUGUUUUCACUGGUAAUUUUUUAUGGUCCUGCUGUACACUAAUAGAUAUCCAAAAAAAACCAAUCCUGUUCUCCUUUAUAUUAUUUGCAUAGUUUUGUUUACCGUUGGCCAUAAUGCAGUUGAAUACAGUUAGUUCUGUUAACCAUUGUCCAUAUGCGUUGUUACAACAUUUUUAUUUGGUGUCAUAUGUUACUUUUGUGUUCCGCACCCAUCUUAGAGUAUUGUAUUUUGUGCAGUAUUGCUGCAUGCUUUCUCCUCAACACAAGAGUCCAAACAACAUGUUUAUUUUUCAUACCAAUAUAUGCAAGAAUACACAUACAAUACCACACUAGUUCAUUUUUUUAAGGCUAAGGCUGGUUAUGUUUUUUUUUUUCCGUUUAUCAGAUGUCUUUAUUGGUGCUGCUCCCCAAUAUUGCAUUGGUGGUUAAUUUUGCACUUUUUGGUUACCCAGAGAGAGCUCCUCAUUUAAUACAAACAGAAUUGUCACUUAAACAUUUGCCACCUCCAGCGAGCAAUUAUACACUUCUACUAUAAUAAAGGCUAUUAACUAUAUAUUAAAAAUCCCCAAGUGAUUCAUAGGGGGGAAGUCACAAAAGAUAAAAAUGUCAGAUUUCCCACCAAAUUCACAAACCUCUAUCUACACUUUUGUGAACAGUUUACAGAUUUUGUCUUUCACACAACAUUUUCACGAUAUUUUUGUCUUUAGCUCUUACUAAGCCUGUCAGUCAGCCAUCAAAUUGGAAUUUCCGAGUGGGUUUAUUUUACCUAGGAAAAUUUUUCAGGAUAAACUGGGCUUUCUAAAUCUUGUUUGAUUCCACUUCUGUAACAAGAUUUAAGGGUCUAAAUACAAGCAAUGCUAUUUUGCAUAAUAGAGGGAUGUGUAUCAGAAAUAUGUUUAUUAUCUAAGGCAAAGUGUCUAAGUGCUGCUAAAACUACUUUUCCUUUAGAUAAUAUAUUCACUCAAAUUGCUAAGAUUGACUCAUUCAUUAAGCUAAAACUUUUUACAUAUAAAGUACACUUUUUUGUCUAAUCAGUGUUUUACUUGUUAAUGAGGCUUUUACGCCUAUAAGGUUAGACAAAAACUUGUGCCCUGACUAUAACAUGCUAAACCCUAUUAAUAUACUAAUAACUCCCCAAUGGGGCACCUGCAGGAGGUAUGAAAUGAAGAUUGGCUGAACCAAAGCAGAGCAAAUGAUCUCAGAAUUGAUCUGACUCAUAGGGAAGAGUUAUACUGAGCUUUACUCCAUUUUUAAAAUGUCGGGAGAAAACAUUGUUUAAAAUGUCGUUUUUGCUCCAUUUUUAUGUCGUUUGAAAGACAAAUCAUAAAAGCGUCUGUAAGCUGUCUUACUUUCACUAAAAAAUGAAAAAUGGUGGGUGAGUUGGAAUUUAGGCAGAUUUCUGUUUGUGAAUAUUUACACCAGUUUACCACCACGUUUACUCCAUAAAUGGCCUAUCUCCAGGUUUGUGAAUUCCACCAUGGAGUCUUUAUUUUUGUUGUAUGAGUUAUUUUAUUAUAGUACUUGCUCAGGCUUCCCCCCUGGUGCAACCAGAUUCAUGGUAUUUGUUACUGACAGGUCAGUGACAGGAAAGGUUAUACGUCAGUUUGAUUGCAAAAUCCAUGAAAACAUGAGCAAUGUGUGUACAUAUAUGGCAACCCAGCCAGGGCUUGACUUCUUGUGUAGGAGGCAGUUGUCUAUGUUGCUUUUGAGAUACAAGAUUCUGCCAUUUGACAGAAAUUAUAAAAGGAUGAAGUGGCUGCAGCUGCAACUGUCAAUCUAUUCUGGCUAGCUGCAAAUGAUUUCAGCCCACUCUAAAAGCUGGAGGAUAAUGUGGGAUUAUCAGCAUGCAAUUCCAAAUUCUAGAUUGAUGAAUGUCUGCAUCACUAGCGUGAACUUCUGCCAUAUGGUUCCUCAGAAAAGCCAAACUUCCUGAGACUGACAACAAUCAUGGGAAAGUUGCAGCAGGCUGCAAAUCUCCUCAACUCAAGCAGUCCCAGGUGGCAGCGUCAACCACCACUUUGGUUCCUGAUAAAAAACAUAUUUCUGGGGUUUUGUUUUUCAUGUCAAUACCCUGCUAGUUAUGCUGGUGUUUUGCUAGUGCUAGCCAGUGUUUUUGGGUGUGGAAUAGCUAUCACAGAUGUUAGACUGUAUAACCUAAGAGUCUCACAGGAGACUACUGACUAUAACAGAUUACUAAUGUAUCCCAGGCACUUAGAACAGUUUAAUGGUAAUAUGGCUGCUCAAGCCAAAUGAUAUUGCUUUUCAGAAAUAACUGCUUUUUUACCUAGACCUAUGCAGAACAAAUCAUACCCACAGGCCAAACACAUAUCCUACUCAUGACAGUGCAGGCCAGUCCCCGCUCUUGUUUAACACCACAGGGGAUCAUUAUUAAUUAGCAAUGGAGAUGAUGGCAAAAAAAAAAAUACUCCAUUUUCCAGUGACGAAUAACUUCAGAAUGUGCCUCAUUAACUUACUCUACUGGGUUAACAAUCUCAGGUAGUGAUACCUCCACCAGUUUCUAAUAGGGCAUUUUUUUUAUUAUUACAUACGGUGUGACCCUUACACCAGUGUUUUGUGCCACACUUCUCAUCCCAAUCACUCUGGUAGUUUCCAGUUUUAUAAUGCGCCAUUAUACCGUGUUGUCUUGCUAAAUACAGAACUCAGGACUCACAUUUUUGGAAAACUCUCUUCAUAAAAAUCCAAAAAAAGUUACUUUGCCGGUGACACCACUAUUCGCAAUGAUCUAUAACCACUUUCUCAUGGUGAUAACCAACCAAACAAACCUUGCGCCACAAUGCCUUCAAGCUCUUCACGGAUAGUGGCAUGCAAGCUCUACAGAUGGCUGUAAAAACAUUUCUCCCAUAUGAUGUGAUGUUUUAAUCAUUGUAUUUCAGUAUGGUCGGCCCUCCAUUCCAAGCACUUUACACUGUUUUUUUUAUGGGAUCUGUUUUUUGCACUGGAAUACCCAUUGACACUGCAAAAAGUAGACAGAAAAACAAAAUGAAAAUGAUAUAUAGGUUUUACAAUAAAUAGAUUUCUAAGUUAAAUCCUUACGUUGAAAUAUCCA